UGUAUGAUGUCUCCAGGGCCAGAUCUCGGGAGUUCAGUGCAAUCUUCCUCUAAAUCUGAUGCUCUGUGACGCAACGACUCUUGCUUAGCACUCUAUCCUCGUACUUUAUAUUUAAAGCUCGCACCCUCUGAUAGCCAAACAAUACCCAGCAAGCUAUCUCAUUUUAACCAAGCAAAAUAUAAUCGCAAUAGAAAUCGUCAACCAUGACAGUAGACCAAGUCAUCCAACUAAGAUGCCAGUGCAACAAUUAUCCUUGGGGCCGCAAAGGCGAGGCAUCUGCGGCAGCGCGGUAUUGUGCGCAAACACCGGGAACGGAUUUUAAGAUUGAGCAGGGCAAGGAAUAUGCAGAGAUGUGGAUGGGAACAUACCCGGUCCUACCAUCCUACUCUCUCAAGACAAAUGAGGAUCUGCAAGACAUCCUUGAUGCAAAUCAAGAACAACUGAUCGGCGGUCCUGUACUGAAGAAAUUUGGAAGCAAACUCCCCUAUCUUCCCAAGAUUCUCUCCAUCGACAAGGCGCUACCCCUCCAGAUACACCCAGACAAAGAUCUUGCUCAGCGAUUGCACGAGAAGAACCCAGAUCAAUUCACAGAUCCCAAUCACAAACCCGAAAUUGCAGUUGCCUUGGGCAAAUUCGAAGUUUUUGUGGGCUGGAAACCAUUGAACGUUAUUCAAGCUCUGUUCCAACUGAAGCCUCUGCAACGUUUCUUGCCAGAAAAGCAUACCCACUUUGACAACAACUCUCUAAAAUCCAUUGCCAAAACAAUAUUAGCCACUUCGGAUGAGACGAUUGCGCAGACGCAAAACGAGCUGCUAGCUCUUCCCAAGGCCUCAUUCGGAACCGAGUCACAUAUUCCAGAGCUCCUUCCCCGCCUGCAACAACAAUAUUCCAAGCAAGACAACGGAAAUAUUGUCGCUCUCUGUUUAAUGAACUACCUGGUACUCAAUGCUGGUGAUAGCAUCUAUGUGCCCGCCGACGGAAUUCACGCGUAUCUUUCCGGCGAUAUCGUCGAGUGCAUGGCGCGCUCAAACAAUGUACUUAACACAGGAUUUUGUCCUCGUCCCGAUAGAGAUAGCGUGGAGCUGUUUUCUGCUGCACUGACUUUCGGUCCUCACUCCGCCGAUGACUCAAUUCUUCCUGCAAAGCCGUCGGAUAAGAGCAUCAACGGGAAGUCCAGUGUCUAUGCCCCUCCAAUGUCAGAAUUCAAUAUGCUCACAACCCAGCUGAAAGAGGGAGAGAAAGAAGACUUGAAGCCCAUCAACGGCCCUGGUAUCAUGAUUGUUACCAGUGGCAGCGGAACAAUGUCAACCAAUAGAAAGGACCAUGAGCUCAAAGAAGGGUAUGUCUUUUUCAUCGGUCAAGGCCUCGAGCUCUCUUUCAAGUCCGAAAAGGGACUGGCCACCUACAUGGCAUAUGUCGAGGGUUAGAAACAGCACCCUUGAGAAGCUAUUGACCGUUCUG